AUGGUUCACCCAACCGAGACUUCCGAAGAUUCAGCUUCUUCCUUGGAGUCCAUCAUUUCCGAACUGAGUGAUACCAAACAUGGCGAUAAUCGGGAAAUUCAGAAGUUAACAAGUGACCCUCAUAAUGACAAACAGGCUGAUGCAUAUAGUACAAGUGGUAAAAUAACUUCACCGUAUGAAGAUGAUGACAAAAACGACACUAAAUCUAUUUUCAGCACAUACUCAAAGCGGUUAUUAAGAAGAACGUCUACAGUCUUGGAUGCUAUUCGAGAUGAUAACGAGUAUGUCAUGAGUCAGGAAAAAGGUAAAAUAAAUCCAGAUUUAGGAGAUAAUCUGUUGUAUAAUAAAGGUGAGGUUCCUCAUUCAGAUAACCAGGUAACUUCUUUUGAAUUGGAAGCUGUGAAGACAAAGCAGGAGUCUAGUGAGGAUGAUAUCACAAGAACACAAACUUCACAGUCAUUAGCAUACGAUGGUGAGUACAACAUUCAAGAUAUCAUUGACAGACCUCCAGAUGGUACUGUUACUGGAUGGAUUUCCCUUAUUUGUGUCACAUUCAUCAAUACCUUCAGUUGGGGUGCCAAUACAUCCUAUGGUGUUCUUAUGUCGUACUACAUGGAAAGUAAUCACUUUCCAGGAGCUACUAAGGAGGACUAUGCCCUUAUCGGUGGUCUCAACCUAGGUCUCAGUUUCAUAGCCUGUUCUUUGUCUAAUUCUCUAGUCCGCAGAUUUUAUUACAAGCAUAUUAUGUAUUUAGGUUCGGCAUUAGUCGUUAUUUGUUAUUUUGUCGCGGCGGAGGUCAAAACUAUUGUUCAAUUAAUCAUUGUGCAGGGUCUUAUUUUGUCAAUAGCAUAUGCUUUAGCUGCUGCCCCUAGUAUGGUCGUCAUCCCAUCAUGGUUUUUGGAAAGGAGAUCAUUUGCGAAUGGUAUUUCGUCCGGUGGUGCGGGACUUGCUGGUUUAAUCUUUAGUAGACCAGUCCAAGCAGUUAUUGAUAGUACAGGUAGCUACAAAUGGGCACUACGAAUGGUCGGAAUUAUUUGCGGUGUUAUGUUGUUUGUCAGUAUAUUCUUGGUUCGUUGCAGAAGAAAAUUUCAAGUGACUAGUGACAUACCAAUAUGGAAAGAAAUAUUCCAGAACAUUGUUAAUUGGAGAAUUUAUAAGAUGCCACCAAUCAUUUAUUUGAUCAUAUGGAAUUUUAUUUAUGGAAUAGGUUACGCAAUAUUGUUGUUUUCUAUGUCCUCGUAUGGCAGAACCAUUGGAUUAACAAGUAGUCAAGGUUCAUUGGUGACUACGUUACAGAGUGCCGCACAGAUGAUUGGCCGACCAGCAUUGGGAUACAUUUCAUUUUUAUUUGGUAAAAUCAAUGUGACCAUAAUUUUCACUCUUCUUCUUGGUAUAUUAUCCCUCGCCUACUGGGUUUUCAUCAAAUCAUAUGGCCCAUUGAUUGGCUUUGGAAUUAUUGCAGGUUUCAUCAUGGGCGUCAAUUGGGUUAACUUUGUUCCUAUGUGCUCAGAUGUUGUUGGAGGAGGUGAUGACUUGCUAGCAGCCCUUUCUGCGCUUUAUCUUACAGGUGGUCCACCAAUGAUAGUUUCCGAAAUUAUCGGUUUAAAGUUGGAGCAGCCAAAUUCUUCUUCGCCCUUUUUCCAUCCUCAAAUUCUAGUUGGUGUUACUUGUAUUGUUGGUGCACUCUGUCUUCUACCAUUUAGGGAAUGGAAAAUAUCUCGGAUGCUCACUGCUAGAAGUCAUCUGAUAGAAAAAAGAGCAAUGAAAGAUCGGCAGCCCGGUGAUAUGGAUCGUCUUAAACGUUACAAAUUGUUAUUAGACCCGGGUCUAAAAGGUUAUAUCCUAAGAGUUUUCUAUCCAAUAAAGGCCUAA